AAAAAAAUCAACUUUAUUAUAUAAGAUUUAUACUUACAAAUUUCUUUAUCUAAGAUAUUUCUUACUUGCCUCGAUGAUUGCAAAUACUUGAUUUACGAGCUAAAUAUCGAACAAGUACCAAAUACAAAACGGGUAUAAGUAUUUGUACCUAACACUAUUUUGUUUAUUAUCAUUGUCAGCCAUAAUACUAAAAUAAAUAAAUAACUCCAAUUAAUAAAAUGCAAAUUUCAAUGUCUUAUUCCUAAGCACCUGAGAGUGAUAGAAACUGUGAGAAACGAAACAAAUGGAGAAGAUAGAGCACACGACGGUCUCCACCAACGGAAUCAACCUCCACGUAGCUUCAAUCGGCUCAGGUCCAGCGAUCCUCUUCCUCCACGGCUUCCCCGAUCUCUGGUACUCCUGGCGCCACCAGCUUCUCUCCUUCGCCGACUUAGGUUACCGCGCGAUCGCUCCCGAUCUCCGUGGCUACGGCGAUUCCGACUCCCCGCCUUCCGCUAGCUCAUACACCGUCCUCCACGUCGUCGGAGACCUCGUCGGGUUGUUGGACUCGCUCGGCGUUGACCGGGUGUUCCUCGUGGGUCACGACUGGGGAGCGAUCGUGGCGUGGUGGAUGUGUAUGAUUAGGCCUGAUCGAGUCAAGGCGUUGGUGAAUACGAGCGUUGUGUUUAAUCCGAGGAAUCCUUCUGUGAAGCCUGUUGAUGCGUUUAAGGCUUUGUUUGGUGAGGAUUAUUAUAUCUGCAGGUUUCAGGAGCCUGGAGAGAUUGAGGAAGACUUUGCUCAAGUUGAUACGAAGAAGUUAAUAAGCAGUUUUUUCACUUCUCAUGAUCCACGGCCACCUUGCAUUCCAAAGUCAGUUGGUUUCAAAGGCUUACCUGAUCUACCUGCUUUACCUGCUUGGUUCACCGAGCAAGACGUCAGUUUCUAUGCAGACAAGUUUAGCCAAAAGGGCUUCACUGGUGGACUAAACUACUAUCGCGCCUUAAACCUAAGCUGGGAACUAACGGCUCCAUGGGACGGUCUACAGAUCAAGGUCCCUGUGAAAUUCAUUGUGGGUGAUCUAGACCUUGUAUACAACAUCCCUGGAACAAAGGAAUAUCUACAUGAAGGUGGUUUGAAGAAACAUGUUCCAUUCCUACAAGAAGUGGUGGUAAUGGAAGGUGUUGGUCACUUCCUUCAGCAAGAGAAGCCUGACGAAGUCACCGAACAUAUCUAUGGUUUCUUCAAGAAUUUCUAAACCGGCGAAAUCAAGUUCUUCUGAGCUUCCUCAAGGGUACUUUCUUGUUGUGAGCUACUAUUUGCAAUGAGAUUUGAAAUGAAAACAAGAAAAUAAUGUGUGUACUUUUACUUGAUUUAUAAUUCACAAUUUAUAAGACAUGACAUUUGUACCUCUUCUCUCCUCAAAAUCUUAGAGAGAGAGAAGUUCUUUUUUUUUUUCUUUUUUUUUCCUUUUUUUUUGUUUUCUAAUUCCAUUUUUAUCUGAAUAAUCAACUCCGACU